UUCAUGGUAUGAGAGAGAUAGAGAGAGAGGGAGCGUAGAAGACGAGGAAGAGGAAUACUGUGAGAAUGCAUGGCACGUGAAGGAAGUCUAUUCAUCUGAACAGCGAGCCAGCUGCCAGCACGUACAGAAAGACAGCGAGCCCAUGGCUGACUCUGAAAUUAGCAAGGAACCGUAAAUGAGCUGUCCGCCCAGCUACACGAAAACGGAAAAUGUUACUGAAUAUAAAACAUAUAUUGUGGUUAUUCUACUUAUGCCACUUAUUCUGUGGACAUGCCUCCAGUUCAGUAAUAGUGAUGCAGCCUGUAAGCGGCUCACUGUCAGGGAAGGUGGUCCUGCCCUGCCACUUCUCUAUGCUCCCUACCAUGGCACCCAGCAAUGCCACAAUCCCAAACACAAACUAUUUGCGUAUCAAAUGGACCAAGAUUGAGGGUGAGAUGGAAUUCAUCGUGCUCGUAGCCCAGAGCGGUGUCAUUAAGAUUGGCUCCAGCUACAGGAACCGGGUGUCUGUGCAGAGUCACCCCGAAUAUGUCGUCGACGCUUCGUUGACGAUGGUGAAGCUGCGGGCCAGCGAUGCUGGAACUUACCGCUGCGAGGUCAUGUAUGGCAUUGAGGACACACAAGAUACGGUCAACUUAGAUGUCAGUGGUGUUGUUUUUCAUUAUCGGGACAAGGCCAGCAGAUACACCUUGGACUACAACAGUGCUGUAGAGGCCUGCAAAAGCAUUGGCGCUACAAUUGCCACAGCAGACCAGCUGAAAGCGGCCUAUGAGGAUGGAUUCGACCAGUGUGAUGCUGGUUGGAUAGAAGAUAAGACAGUGCGAUACCCCAUCACUAGUCCAAGACUUGGCUGCUCUGGGAACAUGCCUGGAAAACCUGGCGUCCGGUCAUAUGGCUUUCGGAAGCCCUCUGAGACUUAUGAUGUGUACUGUUAUGCAGACAAGCUUGAGGGUCAAGUGUUUUUCGCCCCUGCCACACGUAAAAUGACCUUUGAGGAGGCCAAGUCUGAGUGUGAGAGCUGGAACGCAAUGCUGGCUUCCCCCGGUCAGCUCCAUUCUGCCUGGAGGAAAGGGUUGGACCGUUGCGACUAUGGAUGGCUCUCAGAUGGAAGUGCCCGUCAUCCUGUAUCCAUACCCAGGUUGCAGUGUGGUGGGGGCCUGCUUGGUGUUCGGACCAUGUAUCGCUACAACAACCAGACAGGCUUUCCAGAACAAACCACGAAAUUGGGAGCAUACUGUUUCAAAGGUCAUGAGCAUUUACUGAACCAGUCAACUUGGGUGGAUGUCACAAUCCAGGGUGUCAGCUCUGCCUCACCCAACACAGGCUCUUCAACCAUUGGCCAGGCUGCCUCCUUUGCGACAGUGUUCUCUUUGGAGCCAAGAGAAACCUCUGAAGUAGACCACGUCUCUGUAGAUGACUAUGACAGCAUUGCCACAACAGAGCCUCCUUCCAUGUUUUCCACCAGCAUGGCCCCACCAGGCACCUCACAGCUUCCUAGCAGCCCUGAGUUACCAAUUAGCCAGCAUGUCACAGUGGAUUUUAUAGAAGAUGAUACAAUUAUGACACCAGAUUUAAAUGAAUUUGGCACUGAAAGCUCAACUGGGUUGGAGGCACAAAGACGUGGAGAUGUUGUUCAUGAUGAGUUCACAACUGCUACUCAUGCUGUUAUAAAGGCACCUUCAGAUGAAUCAGAAGAUCACACUGUUCUUGAAGUGGGCACAAUUCCAGCUGAUGUUCUGCUCUCAGCCUCUCCAAGCACAGAGCCUAUGUUUGCAGUAGGAAAAACUGAGGAACUGGAUCUGGAAGACAUACACAUGCAAACUACCUCGGACCUACUGCUUACCGUACUGCCCACACAGAGGAUUAGAAUAUCUCCAGAUUCUGAAGGAACUGUACAGUCUAUUACUGAAACAACUGUAGCUACAAAAUCAGUGAUGGAGCUUGGGGAUUAUGGAACCAGCACUGAAGCCUCAACAAGUGAAACAACUCAUCACAAAUCACCCCAAAUACUAGUGCACCCUGUCACUGGGCUUUCCUAUGAAAGCAGUUCCAGAGAAAGCACAACAAAAGAUGAAGAAGGAUUGCUUAGUACCAAAGAUGUCCAUCUAACCAUAGGAGCCGAGAGAGCCCCAGUUGAAUCUACUAAGUUUGGUGAAUAUAAUGAAUAUGAAACAGACACAGACAUUAGUGUUAUGGCUGGGCCACCAUCCAAAUCCACCAUUCCAGAGGCUGAAGUGACCUCUGAUGGAGUUAUCAGCUCUGAACUUUACACCACACCACUCACUACUGAAGCCACUGUCACAUUCACAACAUUUAUGUGUAAUACGAUGCCUGGAUCAACCACCCUAGAAAUGGAAGAGGUGGAAGAGCGUCUCAGCUCUGUGGAACCUAGUUUACAGAUACCUGAUAUCAGUGCGGAAGAACCCCUGAGCACUACACCCAUAUCAGCAUCACCCCAGGUUACCAAGCCAUUGAGAUCCACAACAGCUGAAACACCUGCUCAAGAAUCGGAAAGUGCAGCAUUCACUGAGGAAUCAGCAUCAGGCAGUCCUGAAAGCCUUAGUGAGAUAAUGACAGAAAGCAAUGAUAUGACUAUCGACACUGGCAGAGAGCAUAUUCAGUCGGUGACACUUUCUCCUACAACAAGCCCCACAAAUUGUACAGUGUCCUCAGCUGGACAGGCUAUCCAAGUGAUCAUCAUUAAUGUAGAUCAGCAAAAGGAUAAUGAUACAACUGAAGUGGAUCCACUACUUACUGGUCAGGUUCCUAUUAUUCCUGUGGUGCCUGAUGAGCCUAUCCCCUCCCUUGUGGAUGGUGAGCCUAUUCUGGCUAGUGAAGAUUCUACUUUUGACUUCUCCUCUCCUGUUGCCACCACUACGCCAAUACUCAGUUUCAUAAAUGGUAAGAAAGAGGUGAGUGCUGAGCCCAAGUAUGUUGUUGAGGAAGAGGCAAGAGGAGAUGUAUUUGAGAGUGUGUCCUCAACACUCCCGAAUGUAACACAAAUAGAAGAACAAAAGGAGAGAACAUCUCAAUUGGAUUAUUCUCAGUCUGAUAUUACAACAGAAGAUGAGUCAUCAAUGUCAAGCCAAGAAGUAACCUAUCCAUUGCCUGUUUUCUUCAGUACAUUUGAGCCAAAAUAUGAUUAUAAACAAGAACAAAUAUUUGUAGAGGGCAUUCCUCCAUCACCUUUUGUACCAGAACCUAAGGAUGAGACACUCAUUGAUGAAGGAACUAUCAUACUCAGAACUCUUUCUGCAGACAAAGUUGAAGGAAGUUCCUCAAUAAAGCCACACCAGGCAUUGAAAGAACUAGCAACUUCUUCUCUAGAUACUUUGGAAAAGAAAGUGACAGUUGCGUCAUCUAAUGCAGGCCCCCAGAGUAGAGUAGUCACUGAAGAUUUUAGUCAAACAUCAUUCAUUAAGACCAUAAACACAGAUCAAGCAAGCACUGAAACUCUGUCAGUGAUCCCUAGGAAACCUGAAGAUUCAUCACAGAUAGGAAUGCCUGACAUUGCUUCUACAACCAUGGGCAUUUCCUCAACAACUGCAUUGCAUGCAACAGAAAAAGAUGCCCAUACCCUUGAGGCAAUAUUAACUGGUCAUUCCUCCUCCACACCUUUCCUGUACACAACAGAAAAGGUGACAGGAUUGACCAAAAAGAAAGAGAGCUCAGAUGCCACAGUUGGGGUGACAGAUGUUACAAAUCUAAUGGGCACUGAUACAACCAAAACAAUACCUAAAGACAUUUCAGUGCUGAUACCUUUACAAAUGUCCACAGUAACAAUGGGCACAGUGAGCAUUCCCUCCAGUGUAUCCCCAUUGGGGUUUGAAGAUAAACAUACAUCUAGUAUAACAAUAAUUCCUAAAUCCUCUACCCUCUCUGAAGCACUACAGACAAUGCAGGAAAAUACAAAAUCAACACCAGACACAGGCACAGAUAAGACUGUAAAAACAGACCAUACAGAAAUUACACAAAGGACAAAGGAAAAAUUAGUAGCUUCUUUCACUGGAGACAUAGAUACUUCAGAGUCAUUUACUGAGAAGGUCAUAAGAUAUUGGACAGCAAAGAGCACAAUUAUUGCAACUUCUGUUCCUGGCAUGGAAAGCAUAACCAAAUCUAUUCCCAUAGCUGACGAAGAAGGGUCAGGAGACCAAACCCCUGAUCUCUUUUCUACAAAGCCUGCUUUACUGCAUAGCACAGUCACAAGUGAAUUUGGCAACAUGACGUCACACUCAAUAAUGACACAAACUGAGAAGUUGCAAACAGAAGCACUAUCAAUAUCUGCAGAUCCAUCAGCCCUUCCAAUUAUUGUUUCCUCAGAAAAAAACAUUUCUUCUGUGGAAACAACAACUUUAGAUGAGAAAUCAACUGAGAUUCCAGUUACAAUUCUAAACACAUUGUCAGCAGAGGAGAUAGCCAGUAAACAUGUGCUGUCAGGCACAGGUUCACAAACCAUCUUUCAAUUUUCAGAGACUGAUGGCUCAGGAGAUCAACCCUAUGUAAUGCUGACCAAAGAAUCCACACCAGUUGCUCCACUGCAUACUACAUCUAGAGUCAAAGAAAUUAUCAGUGAAACAGCUACUCAUGUAAUCCAAACUGUUCCUGGCACAGUGUUAAUACAGACUGAUCUGACAACUCAAGAUGAAUAUUUGGCACCUAUUUCAGAGAGAUUGGAAGCAAAAACAGAUGCUGACACCUCAGUAAAAGAGACAACUGAGACACUUAGUAAAGUGCCUUUGCCCACACUUGAAUCUGCUGUGCCUAAUGCAUCUCACACAUUUAGUGAAAGGACUAAGCUACUCUCAGCUGAAAGCACAGUAAGAGAAACAUUUAUAAGUGAUAGUACCACAGAGCCACAUGGAAUAAGCAUUGCAGUUUGGAAAACUAGGGUCACCACACCAGAAAAUGUGAAGUAUCUGACAGAAGUAACAUCCACAUCAUCAAAGCCACCAGAAUUGCCUAUUAUCGAUUCCUCUGAAAUAAUGUUUUCCUCAACAGAGAGCUCCGAGACAUCUGAUAAGUUUACUAUGGAGUCCUUAAGCACUAUCUCAUCCAUGUUUAGUGCAGUGGAAGUGCCAUCAGGGACAACUUCUGAGUCACUAUUCCAUUUUCCUGAGGAGAAAGGCUUAGGUGGUCAAAGAGUUUACACUAUUACAACAAUAACAAGAGCAAAAACAGAAACAGAAUCUCCUACUUUAUUUCAUACUGAAGACAAAGACAAAGACAUACUGAAGACUUCCACAACAGCAAUGUUUGAAACAUCGUUACCUCAGUCAGAGGGCACAAUGCUGGAGAGAACAUCUGUGAUGCCAAUUGUUUCAUUUGAAAAAUCAACUGUGGUUCCUACACAUGAACUUACCAGAGAGCAGGAAAUGACCAUUGCACCAACUAUAAUGAACGCAAGUCAUACAGUCACAUUAAUUCCCACCAUAUCCUUGUCAGAGGGAACAACAAUAAAAACAGAAACAGAACAUGUGACAGGUUACACUGGUGCCACAAAAUUGUCAGAUAUUACCAGCACUGACAAAAUCACUAUCACUGACCUACCUCUAGAUGAAUCAGAACUUGAUUACACAAAGAGUACAAUGGACCAUUUAAAUGUUGAAAUAGCAACACAUUCCACACCAUUUAAGUCUCAUAUUACUUCAAUAGUUUCUGUAAGCCCAUCUCAAACACAAUUUAUGGCUUCUUCUUUGGAACCUGGUAGUGGAGACACCGAGGACACCACAGGUGAAACUGAAGGCACAGAAGCUGGUCCUGUAGCAUCCAGUGUUGCUCUUGAAUCAAUUCCUCCAUUUCCUGCUUCCUCAACAGAAGAUGUGACAAAAACAUCUACAGCAGUGACAAAAACUGAGGAAACAGAGUUGCCAAUACACACACCUACAGAAGAGAUUUCAUCAAUUUUUUCCAGCUCAACUUUUACAACUCCCGUUUUAUUUUUCAGAACAGAUGAGGAUGAAAAAUUUGUGAAAGAACAAACAACAGAUUAUACUACAAAACAAGCAGUUUUUACAAGCACUGGCAAAAUGUACACUAUGUCUAGUUUGUUUGCAACAGAUGAUAAAAUCUCUGCAAAACAAACUGUAGAAUCAUCUUCAGCUCCUGCUUUCACUCCAUCAUCCAAAUCUCCAGCUUCAUCUUCUGAUUUAGAGAGAACUGGCACAGCACGUUCAAUUUCAACUCACAUCGAUAUGGAAGUGUCUGGGGCUUUAGGUACAGAUGAUGGUCAAGAGUCUACCCUGCUUGAAGGAUCUGCUGAAAAGAUAUCAGAAAUCACAACUGAUGCUGUCAAGGAAUUUUCUGUGAGGACAGAUGAAGCAGAACUUGAUUACACAAAGAGCACUUUGGACCAUUUAAGUGCUGAAGUAGCAACACAUUCCACACCAUUUAAGUCUCAUAUUGCUUCAACAGUUUCUGUAAGCCCAUCUCAAACACAAUUUAUGGCUUCUUCUAUAGAUCCUGGUAGUGGAGACACCGAGGACACUUCAGGUGAAACUGAAGGCUCAGAAGAUGAUGGUUCCGGUACUGUAGCUUCCAGCGUUGUUCUUGAGCCAACUCCUCCAUUUCCUGCUUCAUCAACAGAAGAUGUGACAAAAACAUCUGGAGCAGUGACAAAAACUGAGGAAACAGAGUUGCCAAUACACACACCUACAGAAGAGAUUUCAUCAAUUAUUUCCAGCUCAACUUUUACAACUUCUGUUUUAUCUUUCAGAACAGAUGAGGAUGAAAAAUUUGUGAAAGAACAAACAGCAGAUUAUACUACAAAACAUCCAGGUUUUACAAGCACUGGCAAAAUGUCCACUAUGUCUAGUUUGUUUGCAACAGAUGAUGAAAUCUCUGCAAAACUAACCCUAGAAUCAUCUUCAGUUCCUGCAUCUUCUCCACCAAUCAUUUCUACAAAUUCAUCUUCGGAAUUAGAAAGAAUAAGCUCUACAACACAUUCAACUUCAACUCACAUUGAUAUGGAAGCAUCUGGGGCUUUAGGUACAGAUGUUCAUCAAGAGUCUACCCCGCUUGAAGGAUCUGCUGAAAAGAUAUCAGAAAUCACAACAACUGAUGCUGUCAAGGAAUUUUCUAUAAGGACAGAUGAAUCAGAACUUGAUUACACAAAGAGCACUUUGGACCAUUUAAGUGCUGAAAUACCAACACAUUCCUCACCAUUUAAGUCUCAUAUUACUUCAACAGUUUUUGUAAGCCUAUCUCAAACACAAUUCAUGGCUUCUUCUAUAGAACCUGGUAGUGGAGACACCGAGGACACUUCAGGUGAAACUGAAGGCACAGAAGAUGAUGGUUCCGGUAAUGUAGCUUCCAGCAUUGUUCUUGAGUCAACUCCUCCAUUUCCUGCUUCAUCAACAGAAGAUGUGACAAAAACAUCUGGAGCAGUGACAAAAACUGAGGAAACAGAGUUGCCAAUACACACACCUACAGAAGAGAUUUCAUCAAUUAUUUCCAGCUCAACUUUUACAACUCCUGUUUUAUCCUUCAGAACAGAUGAAGAUGAAAAAUUUGUGAAAGAACAAACAACAGAUUAUACUACAAAACAACCAGUUUUUACAAGCACUGGCAAAAUGUACACUAUGUCUAGUUUGUUUGCAACAGAUGAUAAAAUCUCUGCAAAACAAACUGUAGAAUCAUCUUCAGCUCCUGCUUUCACUCCAUCAUCCAUAUCUCCAGCUUCAUCUUCUGACUUAGAGAGAACUGGCACAGCACAUUCAACUUCAACUCACAUCGAUAUGGAAGCAUUUGGGGCUUUAGGUACAGAUGAUGGUCAAGAGUCUACCCUGCUUGAAGGAUCUGCUGAAAAGAUAUCAGAAAUCACAACAACUGAUGCUGUUAAGGAAUUUUCUAUAAGGACAGAUGAAUCAGAGCUUGGUUACACAAAGAGCACUUUGGACCAUUUAAGUGCUGAAGUAGCAACACAUUCCACACCAUUUAAGUCUCAUAUUGCUUCAACAGUUUCUGUAAGCCCAUCUCAAAUACAAUUUAUGGCUUCUUCUUUAGAACCUGGUAGUGGAAAUACCGAGGAUGCUAUAAGUGAAACUGAACACUCAGAUGAUGAUGGUUCUGGUACUGUAGCAUCCAGUGUUGCUCUUGAGUCAACUCCUCCGUUUUCUGCUUCAUCAACAGAAGACAUGAGAAAAACAUCUGGAGCAGUGACAAAAACUGAGGAAACAGAGUUGCCAAUACACACACCUAUAGAAGAGAUUUCAUCAAUUAUUUCCAGCUCAAAUUUUACAACUCCUGUUUUAUCUUUCAGAACAGAUGAGGAUGAAAAAUUUGUGAAAGAACAAACAACAGAUUAUAUUACAACACAACCAGUUUUUACAAGCAAUGGCAAAAUGUCCACUAUGUCUAGUUUGUUUGCAACAGAUGAUGAAAUCUCUGCAAAACAAACUGUAGAAUCAUCUUCAGCUCCUGCUUUCACUCCAUCAUCCAUGUCUCCAGCUUUAUCUUCUGACUUAGAGAGAACUGGCACAGCACAUUCAACUUCAACUCACAUCGAUAUGGAAGCAUCUGGGGCUUUAGGUACAGAUGAUGUUCAAGAGUCUACCCUGGUUGAAGGAUCUGCUGAAAAGAUAUCAGAAAUCACAACAAAUGAUGCUGUCAAGGGAUUUUCUAUAAGGACAGAAGAAGCAGAACUUGAUUACACAAAGAGCACUUUGGACCAUUUAAGUGCUGAAGUAGCAACACAUUCCACACCAUUUAAGUCUCAUAUUACUUCAACAGUUUUUGUAAGCCCAUCUCAAACACAAUUUAUGGCUUCUUCUUUAGAAGCUGGUAGUGGAGACACAGAGGACACUUCAGGUGAAACUGAAGGCUCAGAAGAUGAUGGUUCCGGUACUGUAGCUUCCAGCGUUGUUCUUGAGUCAACUCCUCCAUUUCCUGCUUCAUCAACAGAAGACGUGAUAAAAACAUCUGGAGCAUUGACAACAACUGAGGAAACAGAGUUGCCAAUACACACACCUACAGAGGAGAUUUCAUCAAUUUUUUCUACCUCAACUUUUACAACUCCUGUUUUAUCCUUCAGAACAGAUGAAGAUGAAAAAUUUGUGAAAGAACAAACAGCUGAUUAUAUUACAACACAACCAGUUUUUACAAGCACUGGCAAAAUGUCCACUAUGUCUAGUUUGUUUGCAACAGAUGAUGAAAUCUCUGCAAAACUAACCCUGGAAUCAUCUUCAGUUCCUGCAUCUUCUCCACCAACCAUUUCUUCAACUUCAUCUUCAGACUUAGUAAGAAUAAGCUCUACAACACAUUCAACUUCAACUCACAUCGAUAUGGAGGCGUCUAGGGCUUUAGGUACAGAUGUUCAUCAAGAGUAUACCCUGCUUGAAGGAUCUGCUGAAAAGAUAUUAGAAAUCACAACAACUGAUGCUGUUAAGGAAUUUUCUAUAAAGACAGAUGAAUCAGAAUUUGAUUACACAAAGAGCACAUUGGACCAUUUAAGUGCUGAAAUAGCAACACAUUCCACACCAUUUAAGUCUCAUAUUACUUCACCAGUUUUUGUAAGCCCAUCUCAAACACAACUCAUUGCUUCUUCUUUAGAACCUGGUAGUGGAGACACCGAGGACACUUCAGGUGAAACUGAAGGGUCAGAAGAUGAUGGUUCCGGUACUUUAGCUUCCAGCAUUGUUCUUGAGUCAACUCCUCCAUUUCCUGCUUCAUCAACAGAAGACGUGAUAAAAACAUCUGGAGCAUUGACAACAACUGAGGAAACAGAGUUGCCAAUACACACACCUACAGAAGAGAUUUCAUCAAUUUUUUCCAGCUCAAUUUUUACAACUCCUGUUUUAUCUUUCAGAACAGAUGAGGAUGAAAAAUUUGUUAAAGAACAAACAGCAGAUUAUACUACAAAACAACCAGGUUUUACAAGCACUGGCAAAAUGUCCACUAUGUCUAGUUUGUUUGCAACAGGUGAUGAAAUCUCUGCAAAACAAACUGUAGAAUCAUCUUCAGCUACUGCUUUCACUGCAUCAUCCAUGUCUCCAGCUUCAUCUUCUGACUUAGAGAGAACUGGCACAGCACAUUCAACUUCAACUCACAUCGAUAUGGAAGCAUUUGGGGCUUUAGGUACAGAUGAUGGUCAAGAGUCUACCCUGCUUGAAGGAUCUGCUGAAAAGAUAUCAGAAAUCACAACAACUGAUGCUGUUAAGGAAUUUUCUAUAAGGACAGAUGAAUCAGAGCUUGGUUACACAAAGAGCACUUUGGACCAUUUAAGUGCUGAAGUAGCAACACAUUCCACACCAUUUAAGUCUCAUAUUGCUUCAACAGUUUCUGUAAGCCCAUCUCAAAUACAAUUUAUGGCUUCUUCUUUAGAACCUGGUAGUGGAAAUACCGAGGAUGCUAUAAGUGAAACUGAACACUCAGAUGAUGAUGGUUCUGGUACUGUAGCAUCCAGUGUUGCUCUUGAGUCAACUCCUCCGUUUUCUGCUUCAUCAACAGAAGACAUGAGAAAAACAUCUGGAGCAGUGACAAAAACUGAGGAAACAGAGUUGCCAAUACACACACCUAUAGAAGAGAUUUCAUCAAUUAUUUCCAGCUCAAAUUUUACAACUCCUGUUUUAUCUUUCAGAACAGAUGAGGAUGAAAAAUUUGUGAAAGAACAAACAACAGAUUAUAUUACAACACAACCAGUUUUUACAAGCAAUGGCAAAAUGUCCACUAUGUCUAGUUUGUUUGCAACAGAUGAUGAAAUCUCUGCAAAACAAACUGUAGAAUCAUCUUCAGCUCCUGCUUUCACUCCAUCAUCCAUGUCUCCAGCUUUAUCUUCUGACUUAGAGAGAACUGGCACAGCACAUUCAACUUCAACUCACAUCGAUAUGGAAGCAUCUGGGGCUUUAGGUACAGAUGAUGUUCAAGAGUCUACCCUGGUUGAAGGAUCUGCUGAAAAGAUAUCAGAAAUCACAACAAAUGAUGCUGUCAAGGGAUUUUCUAUAAGGACAGAAGAAGCAGAACUUGAUUACACAAAGAGCACUUUGGACCAUUUAAGUGCUGAAGUAGCAACACAUUCCACACCAUUUAAGUCUCAUAUUACUUCAACAGUUUUUGUAAGCCCAUCUCAAACACAAUUUAUGGCUUCUUCUUUAGAAGCUGGUAGUGGAGACACAGAGGACACUUCAGGUGAAACUGAAGGCUCAGAAGAUGAUGGUUCCGGUACUGUAGCUUCCAGCGUUGUUCUUGAGUCAACUCCUCCAUUUCCUGCUUCAUCAACAGAAGACGUGAUAAAAACAUCUGGAGCAUUGACAACAACUGAGGAAACAGAGUUGCCAAUACACACACCUACAGAGGAGAUUUCAUCAAUUUUUUCUACCUCAACUUUUACAACUCCUGUUUUAUCCUUCAGAACAGAUGAAGAUGAAAAAUUUGUGAAAGAACAAACAGCUGAUUAUAUUACAACACAACCAGUUUUUACAAGCACUGGCAAAAUGUCCACUAUGUCUAGUUUGUUUGCAACAGAUGAUGAAAUCUCUGCAAAACUAACCCUGGAAUCAUCUUCAGUUCCUGCAUCUUCUCCACCAACCAUUUCUUCAACUUCAUCUUCAGACUUAGUAAGAAUAAGCUCUACAACACAUUCAACUUCAACUCACAUCGAUAUGGAGGCGUCUAGGGCUUUAGGUACAGAUGUUCAUCAAGAGUAUACCCUGCUUGAAGGAUCUGCUGAAAAGAUAUUAGAAAUCACAACAACUGAUGCUGUUAAGGAAUUUUCUAUAAAGACAGAUGAAUCAGAAUUUGAUUACACAAAGAGCACAUUGGACCAUUUAAGUGCUGAAAUAGCAACACAUUCCACACCAUUUAAGUCUCAUAUUACUUCACCAGUUUUUGUAAGCCCAUCUCAAACACAACUCAUUGCUUCUUCUUUAGAACCUGGUAGUGGAGACACCGAGGACACUUCAGGUGAAACUGAAGGGUCAGAAGAUGAUGGUUCCGGUACUUUAGCUUCCAGCAUUGUUCUUGAGUCAACUCCUCCAUUUCCUGCUUCAUCAACAGAAGACGUGAUAAAAACAUCUGGAGCAUUGACAACAACUGAGGAAACAGAGUUGCCAAUACACACACCUACAGAAGAGAUUUCAUCAAUUUUUUCCAGCUCAAUUUUUACAACUCCUGUUUUAUCUUUCAGAACAGAUGAGGAUGAAAAAUUUGUUAAAGAACAAACAGCAGAUUAUACUACAAAACAACCAGGUUUUACAAGCACUGGCAAAAUGUCCACUAUGUCUAGUUUGUUUGCAACAGGUGAUGAAAUCUCUGCAAAACAAACUGUAGAAUCAUCUUCAGCUACUGCUUUCACUGCAUCAUCCAUGUCUCCAGCUUCAUCUUCUGACUUAGAGAGAAGUGGCACAACACAUUCAACUUCAACUCACAUCAAUAUGGAAGCGUCUGGGGCUUUAGGUACAGAUGAUUGUCAAGAGUCUACCCUGCUUGAAGGAUCUGCUGAAAAGAUAUCAGAAAUCACAACAACUGAUGCUGUUAAGCAAUUUUUUAUAAGGACGGAUGAAGCAGAACUUGAUUACCCAAAGAGCACUUUGGACCAUUUAAGUUCUGAAGUAGCGACACAUUCCACACCAUUUAAGUUUCAUAUUGCUUCAACAGUUUCUGUAAGGCCAUCUCAAACACAAUUUAUGGCUUCUUCUUUAGAACCUGGUAGUGGAAACACCGAGGACGCUAUAAGUGAAACUGAAGGCUCAGAAGAUGAUGGUUCUGGUACUGUAGCUUCCAGCGUUGUUCUUGAGCCAACUCCUCCAUUUCCUGCUUCAUCAACAGAAGAUGUGACAAAAACAUCUGGAGCAGUGACAAAAACUGAGGAAACAGAGUUGCCAAUACACACACCUACAGAAGAGAUUUCAUCAAUUAUGUCCAGCUCAACUUUUACAGCUCCUGUUUUAUCCUUCAGAACAGAUGAGGAUGAAAAAUUUGUGAAAGAACAAACAACAGAUUAUACUACAAAACAAUCAGUUUUUACAAGCACUGGCAAAAUGUACACUAUGUCUAGUUUGUUUGCAACACAUGAUGAAAUCUCUGCAAAACAAACUGUAGAAUCAUCUUCAGCUCCUGCUUUCACUCCAUCAUCCAUGUCUCCAGGUUCAUCUUCUGACUUAGAGAGAACUGGCACAACACAUUCAUCUUCAACUCACAUAGAUAUGGAAGUGUCUGGGGCUUUAGGUACAGAUGAUGUUCAAGAGUCUACCCUGGUUGAAGGAUCUGCUGAAAAGAUAUCAGAAAUCACAACAACUGAUGCUGUUAAGGAAUUUUUUAUAAGGACAGAUGAAGCAGAACUUGAUUACACAAAUAGCACAUCGGACCAUUUAAGUGCUGAAGUAGCAACACAUUCCACACCAUUUAAGUCUCAUAUUACUUCAACAGUUUCUGUAAGGCCAUCUCAAACACAGUUCAUGAUCUCUUCUUUAGAACCUGGUAGUGGAGACACUGAGGACACUACAGGUGAAACUGAAGGCACAGAAGCUGAUGGUUCCCGUCCUGUAGCAUCCAGUGUUGUUCUUGAAUCAACUCCUCCAUUUCAUGCUUCACCAACAGAUGAUAUGACAACAACAAAGUCUGGAGCAGUGACAAAAACUGAGGAAAUCAGCAUUGUUCUUGAGUCAUCUUUUUCUGCUCAAUCAACAGAAUUUGAUGCAGUCAUAGAAACUGAGGGGACGAAGUUUCCAGAGCUCACAACUAGUCAAAAGAUUUUGCCAGUUUUUCCCACUUCACUUCCUUCCGGGCCUAUUACUUCCUUUACAACCCGAUCUUUAAGUCAACAGACAUCUGACUACAUUGCAAAACACCCAGUUUCUGCUCAGACUAACAAAUUACCUAGUAUAAGUACUGUACCCUCAACAAGUGAUUAUGUCUACGUAAAACAAACUCUAGAAUCAGAUUCAACUUCUGCCUCUUUUCAUGCAAGCAUAGCUCCAAUAUCAUCUCACUUGCAAAGAAUAAGCUCUACCAUACACCCAUCAGCUCAUAUCGAUGCAGUUUCAAGCACAGAAGAUGAGCAAUAUUCUCCUAUAUUUGAAGCAUCUGCUGAGGAGACACCAACACCAAGUGAAGCAAAUCUUGAAUUUUCUGUAGGAACUGGUGUGGCAGAUGUCAGUCCUACCCAGUCCACAUUGUUCAAGUCUGAAUUUACUUCCACAUUGUCUUUUAGUUUAAAUCCAACAGAUUAUACAGCUUCAUCUGCAGACCCUGGGAGUGGUGGCACAGAGGCUACAGCAUCUGAAGGGGCUGAAAAUGAUGGUUCUGGUGCUCCUCUUGAGUCUCCAUCACCAACUCCAUCAAGAAAUAUGUCAACAGAAAAAUCUCAAGUGUUAGUAAACACAGAUAUCAAAGAGAUUACAUCAUUUUUUCCCACUUCAGUUUUCACAUAUAAAGAGGAUGAUUUAGUUGACCAGCUGACAGUAGCUCCUGGUGCACUACUGUCAACAGCACCAAUUAACCUGACAUCAAAACAUACUGACAUGGAAUGGUCUGGGGUCUCAGUCACAGAUGCUGACCAAGGUCUAUCCCCUGUAGAUGGAGGUUCAGGACAUCAAACUCCAAAGCUCAGUAAAUAUGCAGUUGCUGCCACAGUUGACAUACAUGAAUUUACAAGUACAGGUUCUGAAAUGACUACACAAGUUGUCACAUUUGGCAAAGGUACAGAAAAGCCUGAAUUGUCCCACAGUGCCCCACAAAUAAAGACAGAGCAGAGAGCAGAUGAUUCUGAGAUAUUUACAUUUACACAGGAUUCUUUGACAACCAGUUUGCCAAGACUUAGUAUGGACACUACACUUUUGAAGGAAGGCAGCAGCAUCAACACAUUACCUGAAACAGUGACUACAGAGACACAUGUUACUUCUGUAGUUCCCCCUGUCAUCUUUUCUGAUCAUACUGAUAAACAAGUGACAACUAUUGUCCCCCCUAGUAGUGAGAUUAGGUCUGAUACACCAAGCAUGAAGCUUCAUGAACCGAAAUCAUCAACAGGCACUGUGGUCAUAUUUACAGAAAAUGCAAAUGAUGAGGAUGAACUUUUCUCAACAGUUACAGACAGUAUGGCAGACCAUAGCACUAGAGAAGAAUAUAUUCUAACAGAUAAUACAAUCAUUGAUGCAGAUAAAGUUUCAGUGUUUGAGCCCUCAUCACCCUUUUCCCCCACAAUUAUCACAGCGGAAGCAGCUGGUAUUACAAUGAUCUCUUUAACACCACAGUCCUCCAACAUAAUAGAGGAACCAGAUGGAUCUGGAAUGGAUAGUGCUUUGUCAUCAGUGCCACAAUUUCAUGUUGCAUUUCAAUCUACCACAGAAGGGUCAUCAAGUAAAGAAAUUACUUCUAGAACAGGCUCUCUAUCAAGUAGUCCAACAUCACUGGAAGAAACAAAAACAAAACCAACAUUUGUUGAGCUCCUUCAUGAGAAGUUUACUGUUCCAUUAGAACACUAUCUAACCUUUGCUCCUUCAAAGUUAAUGCCUUCCAAAACAUCAACUUCCACAUACUCUCCUCAGACAACCCCACAUUUGACCCAUGGUACCAGACAUUCCAUGCACACAACUUCACAUAUUAGUUUCAGCACAUUAUAUCGCACUUAUUCUAGCACCAACACACCUGAUUCCAGUCAUACAGCCUCACAUAGUACCCACAGCACUCAUCAGCCUACAUUUACCCUGACCACUAAAUCUAAUCAUACAACCACUGACCAUUAUAAAACCUCAGCCACUGACCACUCUAAAAUCUCACAUUCACUUUCUGCUACAUCACAUCCUGGAUUUGGUUCUGCACAGUCAUCAUUUAAACCUACACAUUCUACCCUUAAAUCUCUUUCCACACCAAGUGAUGAUUUCUCUGGAGACCAUGACUCUGUACAGGAUUCUGGAGUGCAAACUUUAAUGCCAACUUCUCAAACUUUCACUACACCUACAGACACGGACUCAGAAACAAUAAAAACUGCAACAAGUAAACCCUCUGCUAGGUCACCUGUAAUUAUUCAUACUGUAAAAGAUACAUUUGAGGAAGCUGUACAGACAACAGAAGCCCCACAAGCUGUUAUGACCACUUUGGACAAUGUAUCUCCAAUAAACAUGGAAGAAAUUGUGCCUAAAUCAACAAUAUCAGCCUUGUUUACUCAUCCCUCAGAAGUGGAAAGCUCUAGUGAAGGUGCUGACCAAGAUGUGAUAAUUCCAACAUCUACACCCUAUCAUGUCUCAAGAUUACCUGUUGUAACAGGUAUGCUACCAUCUGCUGAUUCUGUUCCAAUAAUUGAUUCUGUUGAAGAUAUUGACACUACAACUACAAUGACUGAAAAAACAGAGACUACACUGACAGGCAAGAUAACAAAAUUGACAGAGGACAAUGAAAAAAUGUCAGCAGUGCCUUUGGUUGAUGAGUCAAAAACUUCAGUGGUUGAGACCUCUGCCUUCCCUGCUACUACAGCCUUCCCUGCAACUGCUUCUCAAUUCUUUACUAGUACAGUUCAGUUUCUGCAGUCAUCUUUUGCACCAUUUUUAGAUCUUUUAAAUAAAUCUACUGAAAGACCUUUAGGAACUGUGCAACCUAUUCAGGAGCUGUCCACAGAAAAACUGUUUGGUACCAGCAGAGGGACAACAACAAUCCCACCAAUAUCAGGCUCAGAUGAAAGCUCAGGAGACCAGCCUAUAGAAAUGUUCAGUAAAGAGUCCACACCAGUAGUCUCUCCUAAAGUGGCCAUAGUCCAUAAACAUUUCUCCACCACCCAUUCAGAUUCAUUAGUGUCAUCAUCUCAGAAAACUCACAUGAGUUUAGAUACAACCUCAGCACGCACAACAAACACAAAGUCUGUGGAAUCAUACUAUCAAGAUCUGUCUGAAGUAACACUUAACCCCCAGCCUACCAAUAUAUGGGCAGAAGGAGAUUUGACAGCAACAACUAUUCCUAUAAUUUCUAUGUCCACAUCAGAAAAUGAGAAGUCUAGUCAGCCUAUUGGAACCACAAAGGAAAUUGUACCAUCUACUAAACAGAUGCCAGUAGGGGAAGCAAUUUCAUUUGAUUUGGAGUUGGUUUCAAUCACACACAGACCUGAAAAGGCAGACACAUCAAUAUAUAGUCCUGCAGAUCAAACAAAGACCCUGGACUUUAUUGAACCUAUCACAGUUGCAUCAACAUACACACAGGACACUGAUGACACAUCUGAAUCUUUUGUAGUAGAAACCAUACCAGAUUUUAGUGGCACUGUGACCACCUCACAGGUUGAGACUGAUACUACCUUUAAGAGAACAGACACAAGCUUGCCUGUUACUCACAGAAGUGAGAGCUUUACAAAAUCUAUCAGUUCAGAAAGUAGCAAAGAAGAGGUUAGAACUGCUGUCCCAACCUCUGAUGAGGUCCAGGCAGUUAUUUUAUCAUUAGUUACCACAUCACCACUGCUACAGCCUGAUGACUCCAGCACCGGAUCUGUUAGUGAGCAAACCAUGUCAAAGGAGCAGCAGGCAAUUGGCCAGAUUGAGGAAGCUAUAACUCCUAUCACAGACAUACUUAUCCAGGAGAGUGUGGAUAAUACAUCAUCAACAUCUGCAGUUCCAAGACACAUUGAUGCCACUACUUCAUAUGAAGAUGCUUUUGAUCCAGUAGUACAGACGGCAACACAAAGGCCUUCUGUGCAUACAGAUUUAGGAUACACAGUUUUUGAAGAGACCUUGGAUAUUUCAGGUGUUCAUUCAUGUCCUGAUAAUAUUUGCUUGAAUGGUGGCUCAUGUGUGAAAAUGGGCAUUGCCCAAAUCUGUCACUGCCCUCCUGGAUACACUGGGCAAUAUUGUGAAAUAGAUGUUGAUGAGUGCCAGUCCAAUCCAUGUCAUAAUGGGGGUACCUGUGUGGAUGGGCUGAACUCUUUUUCCUGUGUAUGUCUGUCAAGCUACAAAGGGGCUCUGUGUGAGCAAGACACAGAGGUAUGCAACUAUGGCUGGCACAAGUUCCAGGGCCAUUGCUACAAGUACUUCCCCCACAGACGCACCUGGGAUGCAGCUGAGCAUGAGUGUCGCCUCCAGGGGGCGCACCUCACCAGUAUUCUGUCCCAUGAAGAGCAGCAUUACAUCAACCGCCUUGGCCAUGACUACCAGUGGAUCGGUCUGAACGAUAAAAUGUUUGAAAGCGAUUUCCGGUGGACUGAUGGCCAUGUUGUGCAAUAUGAGAACUGGAGACCCAACCAACCAGACAGUUUCUUCUCCUCUGGAGAGGACUGUGUGGUGAUGAUCUGGCAUGAGGAUGGCCAGUGGAAUGAUGUUCCCUGCAACUAUCAUCUUACCUUCACCUGCAAGAAAGGCACAGUGGCGUGCAGCCAACCUCCUCUGGUGAUGAACGCACGAGCAUUUGGCCAGACACGUCCACGCUACGAGAUCAACUCGCUCAUCAGGUACCAGUGCAUGGACGGCUUCAUCCAGAGGCAUUUACCCACCAUCCGCUGCAGAGGAGAUGGCUUAUGGGAUGUGCCCAAAAUCUCCUGCAUGAACCCCUCCAACUUCCAGAGGGAAUACAGCCGGAUGUAUCGGACCAUCAGAAUUCAUGGCAACCAAUGGAGGAGAUCCAAAGAGAACUCUGCCAGUUCCCUCCAGAACCAUCAUCAUCAGCAUGCUUUUCAUAACCACCGGACAAAACAAUAGGCCGGCUUACUAAGAGACCUGGUCCCAGUAAUCUAGACCCCUUGGCUAGAGAGAUCUUUCUCAGCUAAGAAAGUGUUUUUUUUUUCAUUCUUUUAACCACACGUGAUGGAUUUUCAUGUGAUUUGAUUCAUAUAUGGAGAAAAUAUAGAAAGAUAUAUGGAAACAGGAAAAGAUAAAAAAUGAAGAGGACAAGGAUCUGAGGUUUAGAUACUGGACUAAGCAUACUGCCUGUUCAGAACUGUAGGAGUAAGAGAAGAUUUUUAAAAAAACGUUCUCAGCUGGCCACUGAAAAAAAAAAGACUGUCACUGUUUCUGCUGGAUGACUGCCAUGCGAGUGAAUUUAAAAAUAUAUAUUCUAUUUUCACUUUGGAUCACAAAGUGCCUUCUUGGUCAAGUGUUUGCUAAUAUACAGAAUCAACUUGCAUAUCGACUUUUUUUUUUUUUUUUCAGUUCAUAGUACCGUAUACAAGACACAAGAAAUCAAGAUUUGCUCAAAGUUACUUCCAAACUGUGCCUGAGAAUCCUCUAGCACAUAUUGUGAUACUGACUGUGGUUUCUACACUUGCAUUUUCCUCUGGGUGUAGUUUAUCAAAGUUCUUGAUAUAGCGUUCCUCUGUUUCAAAGCUCCUGAGAAGUUCUUCAGGUCUAUGAGAACAAGAACAAUGGAGGGCACAACAAAUGGGAGGACAUGCAUUCAAAGACUGAAUGCAAAGCAAAGCAAACGGUAUAGGAAAAUACAAUGGGAAUGAUUGUUAACCCAAAAACGAUCAACGGGAAUGCUAACAUGACACAAAAACUAUUUGGACUCUUUGAUAACCAUCCCAAAAACAACACAUUACAAUAAACCCAUCCAAAGGAAUACUUAAGUGCCUUGAUUGCAAAAUGAUCUUUUUUUAUAUCAGGCCAUUUUGAUUAAUCGCUACACUGUCUAAAAUGUCACUUUCAUUUAAUUCCUCCAUUUCUUUUCAUCUUUAAAAGGGCUCCUCUUCGCCAAAUAACUUCAGCCUCUGUGUUUCUUUUGGACAUUGUAAAACUACUUUUUAAGAGAAUGUACUUUGUGAAUUGCUCAAUAAGACUUGAACAAAAAUGCCUUUUUAACAGCAACCAUGUAAUUUAUUUUUCAAGCUGCUUCUAAUCUUCUUGUGUUCAUUGUUAAAAUGCAGCACCUUGGAGAUAAUAUGACCUGUCUGUCCAAAUGCGUCAUCAUACAGUCGGGUAGAUUAUUGCAGAGGGACUGGUGAUGACAGCUGAUUUGUGAUGGGAUAUGGGAACAAAGAGGAAACAGAAACUGACAUGACAUUUGGGUUGUUUAAUUGGUUUCAAAGAUCAGAAUCCAUCAUUCUGUACAGCUUUUCUACAUGGAAUCCUUCAGUUACAUUGCCCAUCUUGAUAAUCCAGUUGUUCACCCAGGUGUUUCUAUUAAUUUUUUAAUCUAGUUUUUGUGUUGUUUUUUCAGAUGUGUUUUAUCCAAAAGUGCACAUAUCUUUUUUAUAUUUAUAGUAUAACAAGAUAAUUGCAUAAUGUGAAUGUCUGGGAUGUGUGUGGAAAAAAUAUUGUAAGUAAAGUUACUUUUUAUACCUACAAUGUGUCACCAAAGAGACAAAGAAAGUUUAUUCCAUUUUGCUGUGGCUCUUGGCCUUCUGUUAUAACAAAGACGUGAUAUGAAAAAAAUGAGAAAGUCACUGUUGGAGGCGUCAGUAAUGAUAUUAUCCUACACAAUCUGAAUCACACUUUUCCCACCUGGAAUACAAAUAAAAGCCUUGAAAAAAUG